AUGUCUGAAAAGCCUCUUCGCGUUGGUAUUGUUGGUACUGGUAUUUUUGCCUAUCGUCAUCAUAGAGCCUAUAAGGCUAUUGGAAACAAGUAUAAAAUUGUAGCUUGUUCAAAUAGAUCCAAAGAAAAGGCAUUAGCUUUUGCUAAAGAGGUUGGCAUUCCCGAAUCUGCUGUGUACACCAAUUCUGCUGAUCUUAUUAAUGAUCCAAACGUUGAUGUGGUAGACAUUCUUUUACCCGUCCAGUUCAAUAAAGAGGUUAUCGAAGCUGCAGUAGCUGCCAACAAGCAUGUCAUGUUUGAGAAGCCCAUUGCUGCUACUCUUAAGGAUGCCCGUGACAUUGUAUCUAUCUCUCAAAAGGCAAAGACAGUUGUUGCUGUCAGUGAGAAUUGGUCUUACCAUCCAGCAGCUUUCGCAGUAGCCGAGUUUGUUAGAAAUGGUGGCAUCGGAGAAAUUGUCAACUUUACUUAUGAUUCAGCUCGUCCCUAUAGCCCAAACUCGCCUUAUCACUCAACUAAAUGGCGUCAAAACCCUGAGCAUCCUGGCGGCUAUUUAAGUGAUGGUUGUGUGCACGACAUGGCUCAUUUGGUUCCUAUCCUAGGCAACUUUGAUACUGUGGCUGCUUUUGCCACAAAGAGACACAGUAUCCAUGUGUGUGAAGACACUUUGGCUACAACUAUCAAGCUCGAAAGUGGUGCUGUUGGUGUUGCUAACUUUACUUUUUGUUCCGCAGGCCAUAAGAAGCAAGACUUGCUUGUACACGGUACAAAGGGUACUGUCAAAUUAAUCAAUGAUGAUCAAGUCGAAUUAUUCAAUGAAAAUGGUGAAGCUGUUGACGCUUCUAAUGUUUUGUCCCUUCAAUCCAAUGCUCCAGGCAAUGGCUUUUCUGAUGUUGAGGGUGAGAUGUCUGCUUUUUAUGAUGCUGUUCGCUCAGGCAAGAAAUUGGGUGUUACCACUGAAGAAGCUUUCCACCACCUCGCUUUUAUUGUUGCCUCUCUAGAAUCAGUUAAGACUGGUCAAGCUGUCAAAGUUGAACAGAUCUAGAAUAUGUAUUUUUUUUAAUAUAAAAUAAAGAAUAUUGGGUAUAUGUAAACUAGAUCUUCAAAGUGUCUCUUCCUCAUCUUCCAACCAAGUGUUGAGAUUACCCAACUCUUCUUCUUGAUUUUGCUGCGGUAGAUGCUGCCACUGCCGAUUAUCAGCACCGCCUCUAACAAACCAUAGCAAGCCUGUAUUACGCAACAUACUCCUACCAACUUGAAAACGAGUUCAGUAUGAGUACUUGUAUAUGUAUUUAUUGUCUUACUGCAUGUCCCACAGCAAAAGCACCAGCAUAAUCCUGCCAAGAACACUAAUACCAUUGCAGAGACAAUUAUCCAGACUUGCAAUAACGUAAGCUCUGCCAUAAGAGGGAAGAAGGAGAAGAAGAAAAAAUAAAAUAAUUCAAUCGGCGUUCUAUGCUUGUUGAACAAUAAAACUAUGAUAACUAAACCUGUUCAAUAUACAACGUUCGAUCUUU